AUGUCUCACGAAACCUACAGACGAGGCAACGAAGCGAUAAGAUACGUUGACAGAAAGUACGUCAAGAGUUUCGGAAAAUAUGGAAAGUGCGCGAUGCCAAGCUGCUACAGGGUCACCGAGAAAAUGAAGAAAGCAAACGCCUUUCGUCGUUUUGUCUGCGAACACUGCAUGCUUGGCCCACAAGUGAACGAAGAACUAGAUGAAGCCGAAGAAACAAGAAUGAGUGAUGCAAAGCUCACAUGUCCUGCAUCGAAAUGCUACGCAUUGUCAUCUCCUCGUCAGUUCAUCAAUGGAGAAUGCUGCGAAGAUGCAAAGAAACACCAGAGAAAGGCGUUGGUCAUUGACGCACACAGAGCGUACCUAAACUCGCGAUUGGAAGAAGACGAGGCUACGUUAGAGCUUUUUGACGCUGAAAAGAGGGUCAGCAGCGCAAAAAUGAAACUUAGGAGGGCGGAAGAGGAACUCAAGGAUGCCCAGAAGGAAGCAAAUUCUACUAGACAAAAUAUCUUGCGUCGACGAGAAGUUACUCUGGCAAAACGGAGAAAGCUUGAUGAAGAAGCGGCAACUGUUUGUCGGGAAGAGAAGGGGCCGAACGUCGAAGUUCGUGUCUUUGGACCAGAAGACAUCAAAAACUACCAAGAAGAAGACAAAUCCUCAUGGGCACCCUUCAAAUAG